CGACGCCCGCCGAAAAAUCUUCUUCCCUCAUCACAAACACAUCCGCGCGACCUUCUGCACCGCCCCGUCGACCGAGCCGUGAAUCAACCCAGACCGUCACCUUUGACGAAUCUGUGCAGCAGUCCCCGUCUGCUAGGAGGAGAAGCAUCAGCAACAAGUACAAAGUCCUCCGCAACAGCGACGAUACUACGAGUUUUGCCGUUCCCUCAGCUGCCAACGCGCCCAGAACGCCAGGCACCGAAACCCCAGUUGCAGUCAUCGUCACUCCAAGCUACCUCGCGCCCCCCGUUGUUUCUGCCAACGCGCCUCUACAUCCCUCGCAUCUCAUCGAGGUGGAAACUACGUCAUCGCUAGGCGACGACUUCGAGAGCAGCAGCAUGGCCGAAGCUGCGCGCAAGAUUUGGGUCACGAGGCCCAAAGCCUCUGCCACGCUCGUCACCAUCAGUCCCAACGAUCUCGUUGACGAUGCACGCGACAUGAUUCUGCGAAAAUACGCAAACUCGCUGGGCAAGACGUAUGACUCGCCUGAUCUUACUCUUUACCUCAAAACCCGCACCGGCUUCUCUCGUGUGAUGGGCCCCGAGGAGCACAUGGGCACCGUUUUGGAGGAGUUCUUCCCCAAUGGACAAAUGGUCGAAGAGGCCUUCAUCAUCGACAUUCCUCGCAACGUCCCAACUCCUAGGCCCUCUCCACGGGCGCCGCUUCCUCCUGUUUCCGGUUCUGCCUCGGCAGCUUACUAUGCCGACGAUGUGCGUCCAUCCGAGUCUGGCGAGGGAUACUUUCCUCCAGUUGUUGGCACCGCGACGUCACCCCGUCUUCCCACCAAGCACCCCAACGCAUCCAUCCCGCAUUCCAUGGCCGUCAUCAACUCUGGCCACCUUCCCAACAUUCCAUCUCCUGGCGCCUCCAAGCGCGCGCAUAGGGAUCGCGAAAACCAUACUCCUUCGCCCGUCGUGCACAAUGGAGGCGUUGCUCCCAAUCCUGCCUCGUUCCACCCCACGCGACAUUCUCACUCGCGAACGCACUCGAGCUCGUCCGAGCACAUUGCGGUGCAUCCGAACAGCACCAUGCCCAGAUCACCGGGCCAUGAGAUUGUCGCUGCGGCACGAAUGGGUCCAGGCACUCCUCCUUCUCCUCCCCAGCGGCUGGUGUCUCCUCACUUACCCGCCGCGCGCCUCAAGAAGAGCAAGAGAGGCCAGACGCAGCAGCAGGAAUACAUUCAAAACCCUCCCCCGCCCGCGUUGAAUGCCAAAGUACCUCCCAUCAGUGUCCUUAUUGUGGAAGACAACCCUAUCAAUUUGAAGCUGCUUGAAGCGUUUGUCAAAAGACUCAAGGUGCGCUGGCAAACGGCCAUGAAUGGCCGUGACGCGGUGAAGAAAUGGAGGACUGGUGGCUUCCAUCUUGUCCUGAUGGACAUCCAGCUGCCCGGGAUGAAUGGAUUGGAGGCGACGAGGGAGAUUCGCCGGCUGGAGCGGAUCAAUGGCAUUGGCGUCUUUUCUAACGCGCCCGCUGAAGAGGCACUCCCCGAAGAGCCGACCGAAGAGGAUCGCCUGGAGGGUCUGGCCAAGUUCAAGAGUCCCGUUAUCAUCGUGGCUCUGACGGCCAGCUCUCUCCAGAGUGACAGACACGAAGCUCUGGCGGCUGGUUGUAAUGAUUUCUUGACCAAGCCUGUCAACUUUGUUUGGCUCGAGCGCAAGGUCAUGGAAUGGGGCUGCAUGCAAGCACUCAUUGACUAUCAAGGCUGGCGAGAGUGGAAGCAAUACUCCGCCAAGGCAGAGGCGAUGGAGGCUGCCAACAAGCGAGCGCAGGCGUUUAAGAAACAGUCGAGAAAGAAUCGCACUCAAAUGUCGGAAUCGUGAAGAUGCAGUGGUUUAUACCGGAGUCUAGGACUUGCUUUUCUCUUUCUUUUCCCUUUCCUUUUCUUCAUACUGGACGAGGGGCAACCCGCGGGAAGAGGAUUUUAUUCAAAUGCAUGGUAAAAAAAAAAAGGAAGGCUCACAGGAGGGAUGGAUCUGCGCUGAAUUUGCUAGCCCUUUGCUAAUUCUUAUUUUUUCUUUGUUCUGGAACGGACGGAUGACGAACAACACUUUAUACUUUUCUCAUUUCAUAUUUUCCUCUCAUGGUCGGCAUGGCCCUGCCCAUCAGCAAUGAUGGUGGAGCGGCAGAGCACCCUGAGUGCCAGAUACACACAGUUACUUGCUUCUUCUUUUUUUUGGCGUCGUUGCACACGAGUGGCGGCGAGUUUAAUAUACGGGAAUACCUUUUG